GUACCACAGGUGACUCACAGCAAGGGUUAUCAAAAGAUAGUAUCCAUUUGUUUUGUUGUUUACAGUAUUCUUUCUUUUUCGCAAAAAGGUUUGCAAUGGCGAGAAAUCUAUCGCCCACUUUCCUAGCUGUUAUCUUGAUCUGUUUUCUAUUUAUUAUUUCAUCUUCCGUUGCCGAAAAAAUCGAUAGAAAGCUACCAUCAACUCACUACAAUCCAACUUGGAACUCUUUGGACAAACGACCUAUUCCUGCUUGGUACGAUAAGGCGAAGUUUGGAAUAUUUAUGCAUUGGGGAGUGUUUUCUGUGCCUUCGUUUGGAUCUGAGUGGUUUUGGAAGUUUUGGCACGACAAAGACAAACCAUAUGUCGAUUUUGUGAACAAUAACUACCCGCCAAGAUGGAGUUAUGCCGACUUUGCCCCGCAGUUGACUGCAGAGUUUUUCGAUGCGAAUGAAUGGGCAGAUCUGCUUUCUAAGUCGGGAGCAAAGUAUUUUGUGUUCACGAGUAAGCACCACGAAGGCUGGACUAACUGGCCAUCCAAACAAGCCUGGAACUGGAACUCUGUUGAAAAUGGCCCUCAUAGAGAUAUAGUUGGUGAGCUUUCAAAAGCUGUCCGCAACAAGACAAACGUCUCGUUUGGUCUCUACUUCUCUCUGUUUGAGUUCUAUCACCCUUAUUAUCUUGAAGACUUGAAGAACAACUACACUACACACAAAUAUGUUGAUGAAGUAAUGUUGCCACAGAUGUAUGAUCUGAUUAACACAUAUGAGCCCUCGUAUCUAUGGACUGACGGUGACUGGGUGGCCCCCAAUGAGUACUUUAGAAGCAGGGAAUUCUUGGCCUGGCUUUAUAAUGACAGCCCUGUUAAAGAUUAUGUUGUUGUGAAUGACCGCUGGGGAGCUAACACCAGAAACCAUCAUGCGGGUGUUUACACAGGAAGUGAUAAAUACAACCCAGGGGUUCUGCAGAAACACAAGUUUGAAGAUGCCACUACUGUUGACAAACGUUCAUGGGGCUACCGCAGAGAGAUGAAGCUGUCUGAUGUACAGACAAUAGAUGAGCUGUUGGAACUCAUGGUCACUGUGGUCAGCUGUGGAGGCAACUUUCUCCUUAAUAUCGGCCCCACCAAAGAAGGAACCAUCCCUACCAUAUUUGAAGAGCGUCUUCUCCAGAUCGGCGCUUGGCUUAACGUGAAUGGCGAAGCCAUCUACGAUACGGUACCCUGGAGAGUUCAAAACGACACCGCUAACGUCCCCCUCUGGUACACCAGAAACCCCGACACGAAUGUGGUGUACGCCAUAGCUCUAGAAUGGCCCACUGAUCCGUACCUGGAGCUCGCCUCACCCAUCACCACGGACGCUACCAUUGUCACUCUACUCGGCAACCAGGGGAAGUUUGUAUGGGAGAGUGAGUCGUACCAGCCAGGGGUGAUCAUCAACUUACCGUACAUACCAGCCUCGGCUUUGCCAUGCCAGUGGGCGUGGGUAUUCAAGCUGGAAAGUGUCAUGUGAUGAGUAGAUCGUGAUAGACAGUGAAAACCCGAGUAUAAGAACCAAGGGUGUUUCUCAAGCCAGCCUCCACCCAGAGGAGCCCAAGCUCCGUAUUUGUGCCUAUUGAUCUGACGGUAAACAUUUUUACGAAACACACAAAAAAAUGAAAAAUAAAAAUGUAUUUGCUAAAA